UUUCUCUCUCUCUCUCUCUCUCUCUCCUCCAGCCAGUAAAUCCGAUCUAGGCCGAUUCCUCUCACGUCAAACCACAUGAUCCCAUAAAACAUUCAUCACCUCUCAGUCCCCCGCUCGAGCAACCCAAGCCAGCCUCGGCGUCCGCUCGCCUCCGCUCCCUGCGCCCUCGGAGAAAGAAAACAGCCUCCCCCUCCCUCCCUCCCCACCUGACGGCGGGGGAAAGACCCCGACUGGGGCUACCCAGCAGAGCCGAGGCAGGUGCGAUCGCGGCCAGAAUCGUCGGUGCCCGCCUGCCUUGCCAGCGGCGGCGGCAUUGGCGAGGCGGCAGCCGCCCCAGUUUGUUCGGGAAGGCAGAGCUCGCGGCGCGUGGUCUCUUCUCUUGCCUGGAUGCUGGCUCCGGCCGCGGGAUUGCUGCGCCUCGGUCGCCCGAGGAGCGAGGCGGGCAUCGGCGUCCGCAGAGGUGGCGGCAGCCGCGGCGGCAGGAACCCCGUCCCCGCGCUGGGGUGGAAGUUUGCAUGAGGCUCCGCUGCGCCUCGCUCUCUCCGCGCCCCUUCUGGGAAGGAUCGGAUCCCCUUUGCCCUCCGAGACGUGCCUUCGCCGAACCCCUAAAAUGAAGAGGGCUGCUGCUGAAGGAAGCAGACUGCUGAUUUUGGUGCUUUGCUUGAACUUCCCGUCAGAAGCAGAUUCCUGCCCUGGGGCGUGUGUAUGUUACAGCGAACCCAAGAUCACCAUCAGCUGCCAGCAGCAAGGACUUGGAGCCAUCCCCACCGAGAUCCCUGUCCAGACUCAACGCAUCUUCUUGCACAACAACAAGGUCACCUUGAUCAGGUCUACCAGCUUCACCUCCUGCCGCAAUAUGUCCAUCCUCUGGAUCCAUUCUAAUAACAUUAGCUUCAUUGAACCAGGGGCAUUCUAUGGGCUUCACAAGUUAGAGGAGCUGGACCUCAGCGACAACACGAACCUGAGGUCUAUCAACCCUUCCACCUUCCAGGGCCUCAUCCACCUUCACACUCUGCACCUUGACCGUUGUGGGCUGCUGGAACUCUCCACGGGGCUCUUCCGGGGGCUGUUCUCCUUGCAGUAUCUCUACCUGCAGGAUAACAACCUGCAGAACCUCCUGGAUGACACCUUUGUGGAUCUUGCUAACCUCACCUACUUGUUUUUGCAUGGGAACAAAAUUAAGAGUUUGUCGGAAAGUGUCUUUCGGGGGUUGAUCAACCUUGAUAGGUUGCUCUUGCACCAGAACCGGGUUAGCGUGAUCCACCAUCGGGCGUUCCAUGACCUUGGAAAAGUGAUGACCUUGUAUCUUUUUAAUAAUAACCUGACGGUGCUCACGGGAGAAACGAUGGCCCCCUUGGUAUCCCUCCAGUAUCUCCGUUUGAACGGCAACCAGUGGGUGUGUGACUGCCAAGCUCGGUCACUCUGGGAUUGGUUUAAACAAUUUAAAGGCUCCUCCUCGGAACUGGAGUGCCAUCUGCCCGCUCACCUGGCUGGGAGGGACCUCAAGAAGCUGCAGAGCGCUGACCUGGAGGGCUGCGUUGACUCGUUCAACCAGAUCCGAACGAGCGUGUUUAGCACAAAGACCCGAUCGGGCAAGUUGCCAACGGCCGACCCACCCCUAAAUCCCCCCGACAGCUCGCGGAAAUGCUGCCAGCCGGAAAUAGAGAAGUCUUUUAUUUAUGAAGCCAAAGGCAAGGCGGCUCCCUCAUCACACAGCAGCCGGGCUUCUCCCAACAAUCCUCUCAAGGAUAAGGAGAAUAUGGCCAAAACCAAGUACCAAGUCGAGACGGACCCUUCCAAAAACGGCAGCAACAAGCAGAUCAAUGACUCGCCGUUUGGGACUUUCCCCAGUGUGGUGGACCCUCCCUUGACCAACUUUAAGCCUGAAUUCCUGGGCCCCAUUGAACCUUCCACAGUCCCCACCAAAAAGAGGCAGGGGUGCUCUAAAAAGAACAAAUCAAGGUCACAAUGCCGGGUCGCCCAACAACCCCAAAGCUCCACAUCACAGCUAAUCCCAAGCUUAUUGAUCUCCCCCUUGGUGUGGGGUCUCUUUUGGUUCUGUUAGAAACAACUCGUUUUAUUUUCUUGGAGGAAUGAGUCUCUAAUCCCAGGAUAUGGGUUUAAAAAUAAAGCCACCUCUACAAAAUGUUGCAAAUGAGAAGAAAGUGAGCUAUAUCCAGAGAAAGCUUUCUUACAUAAAAAGUUAACUGGAUGCCUUUAUUAAAAAAAAACGAAAAACACACCCAAAAACUACAAACAAAAUGUUGUACAUAAUUUAUUUGUUCUUCCUGAAAUCUGUGUGUUCAGUCUUCUGGUCCUUGGAACUGCCCGUCCCCACAAUAGGCUUUUGGUCAAAGCAGAUGCUUAAAAAAAAAAAAAGACAUUAAAAACCCAUCCCAAAAUAAAACGGAAAAAAUAAAGGUGCAAAAGCAAAAAUGAUACGCCUUUAACGAUGUUUUUUAACACAUGUUCUUUGUAAUCUGAACCCAUUCCCAAACAAUGCCUCAAGUUCCCCCAUCUGCAGAGGUGACACUUCAGUGCUGUUUCUAUCCCUUCGGUUUCCGAAUCUUGAAGUUUAAUAGUCUUGGGUUUUCGAUCCUGCCAUGUUUACGGGAGGGGGCAUUUGUUCAAGAAUGCUCCCUUGUCAUUCAUUCGAGACUGCAGUAUAUAUAUAAAUAUAUACAUAUAUAAAUAGAUAUGCAUUUUAUUUUACUUGUGUACAAGUUCAACGAGAAAAGAGAUAUAAAAUAAAGAUUUCUUUUUUUUCC